UGGACAAUUUUAUCCAUGCGGACAUGCAUCCUGGAAAUAUCCUUGUCCGAGUAGCUCAGAGCAAAUCUUCACGUAAACGGCUAUUCAAAUCCAGGCCUCAUGUCAUUUUUCUUGAUGUGGGCAUGACUGCUGAGCUUUCUAAGAGUGAUCGAGUGAAUUUACUGGAGUUCUUUAAAUCUGUUGCCCUUCGAGAUGGCCGCACUGCUGCAGAGUGCACGCUGAGAUUGUCAAAACAACAGAAUUGCCCAAAUCCACAGGCCUUCAUUGAGGAAGUGACAAAGUCAUUUGAUUUCUGGGGUACCUCAGAAGGCGAUCUUGUACAUCCUGCUGACUGCAUGCGGCAAUUGCUUGAGCAAGUUCGGCGUCAUAAAGUUAACAUUGAUGGCAAUGUUUGCACUGUGAUGGUGACCACUUUGGUUCUCGAGGGCUGGCAGCGGAAGCUUGAUCCAGAAUAUGAUGUGAUGCAUACACUGCAGACUUUGCUAUUCAGAGCAGACUGGGCAGAAUCUCUUUCCUAUACGAUUGAAGGACUGAUGGCUCCAUAAGAGGAGUGCAUCUUGUACUGUUCUUCCCAACAAUUUUGACAGUUUAAAACAUAAGAAGAUACAUAUCAUGGUUCAGAGAAAUUACAGUCGAUGCGUAUUUGUUUAGUCUGUACAUCCAACAUUUUAUGUUUAGGUCCUCCUCUUUCGUUUUGAUCGAUGACGAAGAAAAUUAGUGAAAAUGAAGGCAUAUGGAAGUUGGUAAAAGCCUAUGCAGCUAGCAAAAAACUAACAAAUAACAGGAAGAAGAUUGCCUAGCCAAUUGCCUUUCUUGGUGAAAUCCACCCUUCUGGAGUUGAUUCCUUGCAAUUCUGUAUUUACUUUUGGAUUAUGUUCGCAGUAAAAGCUUGUUCCUGUAUUUAUUCAUUGGUAAUUUUUAUAAUUUUCUGAUCCUUGCUUUUCGAUUUCAACUGCAGAAUUCAUGAGAAAUAACAGUAAAGAGGAGGCAACAGUUAAAAAGAAAUAAAUUUUGGAGUAUUUUUUCCUUUUUUCUCUUCA